CAAAUAAACUGCAAGGGUGAAUUAGUGGUCUCAUAAACUCUGUUUUCUGCGGACAGCCAAGCACUAACUGGAUCCAAUCCACCACCUCAGUUAAAGUUUUUGUUCUAGAUCCUAUCCAACUACUUUCUCUUUCUCGACAUGACGGUCGCUCGGGCGUUGAGCCGCACGAUCUCAGGCGACCUCCGCAUCGGCGGUGGCCGAGGCGGCGUUGGGUUCUGCGGCCGCAACUUUUGCUUCGCCGCCUUCAUCCUCGCGGUUGUCAUCUUAACCGUCCUCGUCUCCAUCUACCAGCCUGCCGAUCCACUCCUCCGACCCCCCGCCGCCGCCUCCCAGCUCACCUCCUUCCUCGCUUCCACCUCCAACGCAACUUUCCUCCCCGACGGCUCUGUCCUCCGCACGGGCGAAGACUUCCUCAAUUCCUCUUCUUCCGCUGCCGCUCCAUUCAUUGGCAUAUCUGAUGUCAACUCCAGCUCGUCCAAUGGCGCCGCCGUCGUCCCCGCCUGCGACCCCGCUGCCCCUAUCGACUGCGGAGACCCGGAGCUCUUCCACCUUCUGAUGCGGGCUGCCAUCGAGGCCCUCCCGGAUCUCCACUUCUACCGCUUUGGAAAGCCGGUGGCUGUCGCCGGGGACCCGGGGUCCUGCGACAUUGAUUGGCGGUUCCGUCCUAAGGACGCCGUCCAACCCAUGCUCUAUAAAGACUUCCGCCGCUUCCACCUGAGCCGAUCCCCAAAUUGCGCCGUCUCCGUCUCCAAGAUCGAGGCUUUUCACUCGGGCGUAGGCGCCCGCAAAAAGGCCGAUGAGGCGGCCAACGCGACAGAGUUUGUUGUCGGGGAGCCGCUCGAAGAUUCCCUCCCGGCAGUCAUUUCCGAGGCUGCUUUCGCUGCCGGCCGAUACCUCGUGUACGCGGGCGGCGGUGACCGCUGCAAGAGCAUGAACCACUACCUAUGGAGCUUCCUCUGCGCACUAGGCGAAGCGCAGUUCUUGAACCGAACUCUCGUCAUGAACAUGGACCUUUGCCUCUCCUCAAUGUACACCGGCAGGGGCCAGGACGAGGAAGGCAAGGACUUCAGGUUCUACUUCGACUUCGAACGCUUGAAGAAAUCUGCUUCGGUGAUAGAGCAGGGCCAUUUCUGGACCGAAUGGGGGAAACGGCACAAGCUGGACGGGCUAAAACUCUACUAUGUGGACGACUUCAAGGUCACGCCCAUGUCGCUCGUCGGCAUCAACGACUCAUUGAUCAUGAGGCAGUUCAGCGAGGUCGAGCCGGAUAACUACUGGUACAGAGUGUGCGAGGGCAAGACGGAGUCCGCCAUCCAACGACCAUGGCACCUCUUGUGGAAGUCCCGGAGGUUAAUGGACAUAGUGUCUGCUAUCACGUCGAGGAUGAACUGGGACUUCGAUUCGGUUCACCUUGUAAGAGGGGAGAAGGCGAAGAACACCGAGAUCUGGCCCAACCUCGCUGCUGAUACUUCACUGGAGAAGCUUCUUGUUACGCUCAAGGAUAAGGUUGAGGAGGGAAGGCAGUUGUACAUUGCCACCAGGGAGCCUGAUACUUCCUCGUUUGAGCCUUUGAAGGAGGCGUAUUCCACAUACUUCCUUGAUGAUUUCAAGGACUUAUGGGAUGAGAACAGUGAGUGGUAUUUAGAGUCCAAGGAGCUCAAUAAUGGUGUUCCUGUGGAAUUUGAUGGCUACAUGAGAAUUGAGGUGGACACUGAAGUGUUCUUGAGGGGGGAGAAGCAAUUGGAGACUUUCAAUGACCUCACCAGUGAUUGCAGGCAUGGUGUUCAUACCUGUUGAUUGUUUUUCAAUGAGAAUUGAGAACCAGGAUGGCAAGCAUGGGUUUUAAACCUGAACAAGUUGAUUCCACACUAGCACAGACAGAAAGUAUGUAAAAGCUUUCUUGAUCUUUUAUAAUAGUUGCUCUCAUAUCAGUCUCUGCAAAUUAUAUAAGGUUUUCUUGUCAUCCAUGUUCUUU